AAUUUGUUUGGGAGGUGUGCAUAUGGUUGGGAAUUUAACACCGAAGACCUUGAAAUUCUAUCAUCCAAGCCACACGUUAUCACAGAUAAAGCAUUGUCAGAGAUCGAUAAUAAAAUUGAAAGAGCGAUCAAGAGGAUGGGUGAACACGAGGUAGCUUUAAUCACCAUAAGUCUUCCAUCUCCCAACGACUCAAUAACAAUAAAAUUCAAAGCAACAUUGACGAAACACAUACCAACGAAACCUAUCUGGCUGUGGACCCCAGAAGAAAAAUACCAGACAGCUCUGAAGUACAAAAACAUGGCAGUAUCACUGGUUCGUGACAACAGACUGAAAGACGCCUUCUACAGGUUUAGUAAAGCCUGCAAAAUCAUCAUCUCCAUGGAGCCCAUUGAACCUGAUCUAGAGCUCUCAGAAGAGAUGAACAAGAAAAUACGAGAGUUGAGGACGAGCCUCUACAACAACAUGGCAAUGUGUCAGCUGAAAUACAAUAAUUACGAACAUGCGAUUGAGUUGUGCACUAAAGUACUUCAGAGGGACGAAAAUAACGUGAAAGCUCUUUAUCGGAGGGGCUGUUCUUAUGGGGGCACUAGGAAUAACGAAAAGGCGAUCGAGGACUUGCAGAGAGCUAUCGAACUAGAGCCUAACAACACUGCUGUCAGGGAGAAGUUGAGGAUUUAUAGUGAAAAGUGGAGAUUGGCGAAGAUUGAGGCUGAUGAUAUGGUUAAACGAAUGUUUAGAACUUGAAUAAUUUGUUUGGGAGGUGUGCAUAUGGUUGGGAAUUUAACACCGAAGACCUUGAAAUUCUAUCAUCCAAGCCACACGU